AUGGCGAGCGGCGUCAUAGCAGCAGCAACGGCUGCGGCUACCGCCGUAGCAGAUAAGGGAUCAGAUGAUGACGACUCCAACGGAGAGUGCAGACUAUUAGGGCCCUUUGCUCUCCUGGUUCAGCUGGCCCUUGGCGCCCUGGCUCUCUUGGCUCUGGUCUACAAGCGCUGGCGAGAAAGACCUCAACGGCCGGUCAAAAUAUGGUUCUUUGACGCCUCGAAGCAGGUGUUUGGGUCCGCCCUCCUGCAUGUUGCGAAUGUCGUCAUGUCGAUGUUGACCUCUGGUCGCUUCUCCGUCAGCCUCGAGCCGGCAGCGGUCUCGGGUGCCGCGAGGCUCCUGAGAAGAGGCGAAGAAUAUACCCCGAACCCAUGCUCCUCCUAUCUACUCAACCUUGCUAUUGACACGACGCUCGGCAUCCCCAUCCUCAUCUUCCUCCUCCGCAUCGUCACCGGCCUCGUGGCGCUCACCCCCGCCGGCAACCCGCCCGAGUCGAUCCAGAGCGGCAACUACGGCAGCCCGCCGCGCGCGUGGUGGUGGCUCAAGCAGUCGCUGAUCUACUUCUGCGGGCUGUUCGGGAUGAAGCUGUGCGUGCUCAUAAUCUUCCUGAUGAUGCCGUGGAUCUCGCGCAUCGGCGACUGGGCGCUGGGCUGGACCGAGGGCAACGAGCGCCUGCAGGUCGCCUUCGUCAUGAUGGUCUUCCCGCUCAUCAUGAACGCCCUGCAGUACUACAUCAUCGACAGCUUCAUCAAGAAGCAGGCGCCCAAGGACGACGACGGCGAGCCCGAGGUCGGCACCGCCCACGCCCACGCCCACGCCCACGCCCACGCCGCGGCGUACGACCACCUGAGCGAGAGCGGCGACGACGAGGACUCGGUCGAGCUCGAGGACGAGGAGGACAUCAAGGCGCACAGGCGCCAGGGCCAGAGCACCAAGGCGGACCAGGUCAAGGACACGACGCGCGAGUAUGACCCGGCCACGGACGGGGACUCGCAGACCGUGAUCGGGAGCACCUCGAGCGGGAAGGACAAGCGGGACGCCAGGGGCAAGCUGAUCCAGGAAGAGCUCUUCCCCCACGAGUGA